GUUUUUGUCCUUGUUAGGCACGGAUUGCACCACGUCGAGCUUCAAGGACGACAAAUCGAUCAAAGACGCUCACGUCUUGUAAAUCUGAAUUUUCCUAAAAACUUUUGAAUCUACAAUUUUGAUUUUGCCACAAAUUCUUAUUCAAAUUCCUCCCUUUUUCCCCCAAAAUCGAACUCUAUAAUUUCCCCUAUAAAUCCCCUCCUCUUCUCCAUUGUAGGGAUUGGAGUUUUUCUUGAACAAUCAAUUUUGAAACUUAUGAAAUUCGAAUACAAUUUUCUAGUUCUAAGUUCUAAAAGGAUUUUAAUUUAAAGUGGAUUCGAAUAUUCUAAUUUAUUGCUUGAGUUUUGAAGUCGUACUUUGUGUGAAAUCACUGCUCCCCAAUUCGUUGUUGCCCCUGCUUCGCUUCUCUCCGAUAGGUGAAAUCUAUCUCCGAGUCCUCACGGGCUCAUCCUCCUCCUUUGCAUUUCGAGAGAGCCGUAAAGACUCAAAUUCCACCUUAUCCCAUCUUAAAAAUCGAAGAACAGGUCCACAAAAGAUUAAUGGAUGGAGUUGGAGCUGAUACACAACUAUACAGCAAUAUACACUUUGUGUGUGUGUUUUAUAUAUGCAAAUUUGGGCCCAAAGGCCCACUCCUUUAUUUAUUAUUAUUAUUUUGGGUAACAAACUGUAAAAGAUCCACUCCUUUAUUUUCAAGCUGUAUUUUGUUAGUUUUGUGGCUAUGCCCUUAAUUUGCAAUUAUUAUUAUUAUUUAUUCCCAGAGAUUCAAAUAGUAUUUAAUUCAAAGACUGUAGAGACCAUUUCUGUUAAAGCGCUUAUUCUAAAGAUAAACCCUAAACCCUAAUCAACACCUUUCAUCUUCAAUAUCUUUUCAAUGGAGCAUAAUCAGCAGCAUAACAAACGGAAUCAGCCGGAGGAUAUGGCAACGACGACGGCGACGGCGACCCAGAAGAGAAAACGAAAAGAAGUUGCUGUCUUUGGCAACUACAGAAACUACUAUGGCUAUAGAAUAGGUCAGAAUUUGGAGGAAGAUCCAAGAUUAAAAGCUAUGAAGAAGGAGUGGUUUGAAGGCAAGGAUUGUCUUGACAUUGGCUGUAACAGUGGAGUGAUCACAAUCGCUAUCGCUCAAAAGUUUAACUGCCGAAGCAUCCUUGGAGUCGAUAUUGAUGAUGCAAGAAUCCAGGAUGCCUAUUGGACUCUCAGGAAAGCAGUGAGGAGUACUGGAGCUGUCCCGGCGGGGGUUGCCAAGUCGACUGAGUCAAAGAAUGUUACUGGUAUUGAAAACCAUGAGGCUGAGUCACCUAAGAAGCCUGCAGGCAUUGAUUGUACAGAAUCUCAUCAUGUGCAAGAGGCAAAUUUGUUUGACAUAGUCUCUUUCAGGAAGGGAAAUUUUGUUCAGAAUUGGCAUCCCGGGGAACAUACAUCUUAUGAUACGAUUAUUUGUUUAAGUGUGUCAAAAUGGGUGCAAUUAAACUGGGGUGAUGAGGGACUUAUAACUUUAUUUUCAAAAGUCUGGAGGCUUCUUUCACCGGGUGGUGUUUUUAUUUUGGAGCCUCAGCCUUGGAGUUCAUACUACAGUAAUCGUCUUGUAUCUGAGACAACAAGAAUUAAUUAUCAAGAAAUUAAGAUUCGUCCAGAAGAUUUUCAAGAUAUACUUUUGGACAAGAUUGGAUUUAGAAUGGUAGAGGACAUAACAUCCAGUGCGUCUGGUCGCAAACCUGGGUUUAAUAGACCAAUUUUUGCAUUCUGGAAAUGAUGCAUUAAGGCUAUGAAAUUGCUUUAUAUAUACAUAUAUAUAUACACGGAGGAUAUGAUGUACGCAGAUCUUACCCUCUACUUUUUUGGGGUGUAGAGAUGGUUUCCGCAAGAUCAUCAGCUCUAAAGGGAUGUUAUCGAAGCAAGAUACCGAGCUCUUGAAUUUAUUCCAAAUCUUUCCUGUACUGGGGGUGAUGAUUUAUUUCACCUCACUUGUAAUUGGAUGUGUAUGUAUAUUUGGUCUAACUGAUAAUUAGCCAUGCCAUGGUUUAAUCAAAAUUUUGAAACAACAGGUCAUCAAAUACAGGUAGUUGUAGAAGCUUAUGAAUGUUCUAAGCAUGUAAAAAUACUAUUCCAGGAAAAAAAAAGAAAAGAACACUAAAUAUUUUUGGCAUUCAGUGGUUUGAGUUUGAUACUUCUAUAACAGAGGUCUGAAGUUUGAAUCCUUGCUAGUGUAGGCAAAUGGUUUGUCUUCUUGAUUGAGCUCAUUGCACAAGGCUUAUUUGUGUGGGUUAUCUCUUCUAUAUGAUUUCUAAGAUGUAUUAGAGUGGAAA